AUGAAACAGGUUAAGAAGGGCCAAGUACCAGAAAUAGUAGCACCUUCGGAGAUCACGACUACUUCUAUGUCGAACUCGGAGGAUACGUCGAGCCAAGUGGAGCAACAAUUUGGCCGCCUUGUCAUCGAUGACACGCGCAGUUGUUAUGUGAGCAAUAUUUUGUGGGCAAGUCUUGGCGACGAGAUUGAAGAGUUGCGCGACUUACUGUAUGAGCCAGCCUCGGAAGCUGACGAGAGGGACGACGAUUUCGAGCUCUCAACGGAGGGAUCUAUAGCAGAUUCCGCAGCAUCUUUAGGAUCCAACGCCGCGAUUAUGGGUUUUCAGGCGCUAGCGCAGUCCUUGCGCCCGUAUCAUCCGCCGCUGUCCCAGUCGGUGGCUUUGCUUGAGAUCUUCAAAGAAAAUGUGGCGCCGCUGGUACAUAUUUUCCAUAUGCCGACAAUGAUUCGCUCUUAUUGGGACGCUGUAGCCUCACUAGAGUUAUUGGACCGCAACACUGAGGCUUUGCUCUUUGCGAUCUACUAUUCUACCGUGAUCAGCAUGGAACCACAGCAAUGCGAGCCCGUAUUGGGUCUUUCGCGGGCGACUGCACUCAAGCACUAUCAGUUCGCUGUACAGCAAGCUAUGGCUCGUGCUGACCUAUUAAAUACCCAAAGUAUUGUGCUACUGCAGGCAGUAGUUCUAUUCGUGUCAGCCCUGCGCAACGAAGACGCCUCGCGUACGGCCUGGUCUCUGACAGCGCUCAUCUUCCAUAUCGCCCAGGCCAUGGGCUUGCACCGUGAUGGGGCCGCUUUUGGUCUACGACCUCUAGAGAUAGAGCUUCGGCGGCGCCUGUGGUGGCAUAUUUGUCUACUAGAUAUCCGGUCUUCCGAAUAUCAUGGGUGUGAGCCAAUCGUCCACGAGUCUAUGUUCGAUACCCAAAUGCCGUUGAAUAUCAAUGACAGCGACUUGACAGCUGAGAUGACCAAGCCACCUACCGAGCGCGAGGAAGCGACUGAGAUGACAUUCUGCCUUAUUCGUUGUGAGGUGAUGCGUGUUGUGUGGAAAACAGGCUACGUACCACCAAGUAUGCGGCGGCCAGGCCAGCCUGCCGAUGGCCUUGCUCUUCCAGAUAGCGCAGCUUUGGCCAAAGACCUCCAGCAGCGGUUAGAGGACCGCUAUCUCAAACAUUGCGAUCCCACGACCCCAUUCUUUCAUGUCUGUGUGACUGUGGCGCGUCUCAUUAUCGCACGGACCUGGCUAGUGGUAUACUACCCGCUCAUUCAUAAGGAUAAUGGAGCGAGCUUUCCCACCAGUCUCCGAGACCGACUAUUCCUCACAUCGAUCAAGGUGCUUGAGCUGUCGAACAUCCUGCUCACUAGCCCGGACAUCGCUCAGUGGCAAUGGCACUCUAAGACCCACAUUCAAUGGCACGCUGUUGCUUUUGCCCUUUCCGAAAUUUGCGCACGCCCGCCAUCCGCAGACUGUGAUAGCGCCUGGGAAUAUUCGCAGACAGUCUAUAGUCGGUGGAUGAUGAAAGAACACAAAGGCAAUCUUUGGCGGCCUAUCAAACGAUUAAUGGCCAAGGCGCAGUAUGUGCGAGAGAUGCAGAGGACUAACAACCAUAGUCCCAAAAGGCAUUGGAGAGUAGCAGGGAUGCCGACAGAAUUUCCCUCAUUCUCGACUCCCUCACCCAGGGGGCCCGCCGUAAUAGAGAGCUCUGCUAUGGCCUCAGAGAUGACAAGGGGUGCGACCCCUAGCGUCAAUGGCUGGAAUGGUGUUCUUUCUGGCGAGCCUUUGGAUCCAUUUUUCGAUAUGUUCCCCAAACAGGACUUCUUUGGCUCGACUAUCGUCCCUUCAGAUGUUCCCGACGUCGACCAAACCAUGACGAACUGGAUCCUGAACCCUGAUGAUAUCAAUCUUGGAAUCAAUGGUUUUGGUCUCUAG